AUGGGAAAGCUAAGGAGGAUGUUGGGAAAUUUUUGUCUUUCUUCUUGUUCUAACACUUGUUUCUGCAUGAACAUUUCUGAAUUAGAAGAUGAACUUGAGACAAAGUCUUUGAUUAGUAGUGAAAGUGAUCAUAAACUAAGAUUGAAAGAUGUUGUAGCUGGUAAACAAACUUUGGCUUUUCAAUUGAAACCACAGAUAGUUAUAUUGAGGGUGUCAAUGCAUUGUCAUGGAUGUGCAAGAAAAGUUGAGAAACAUAUCUCAAAAUUAGAAGGAGUUAGUUCGUACAAGGUGGAUCUAGAAACUAAAACGGUUGUUGUUAUGGGUGAUAUUCUUCCAUUUGAAGUGUUGGAAAGUGUAUCUAAGGUGAAAAAUGCAGAGAUUUGGAAUCCUCAUGCUAAUGAUGAAUAA